CAAUGAUGUGACGUCAUUUUGAUGCUGCCUGCGAAACUGACGUGGAAUAGAAAAGCAAUAUGCCUUCUGUUUGUGGUAUUUAAACAUAAUUACUGUACCCUAGGCUAAUCAUCUUCUUUACAGCGAAGUGUUUGCUGUCAAAAUGAGGCGGGCUGUGGACAGCAGUGUUGGUCCAUCAUAUGAUAAUAAUCAUAUUCAAGAAGAGAAUGAACAAAUGACACGGGAACUCCAAACAAAAGUGUCAGCUUUGAAAUCGCUAAGUAUAGAUAUGGGAGCUGAAGUGAGGGAACAGAACAAAGCAAUCAAUGAUAUGGGAGACUUCUUUACAAAAAGCCAAGGCAUUCUACAAUCAUCCAUGAAACGUUUAGCAAAGAUAGCAACAGGAGGACAAAACAAACAUCUUUUGUGGCUUUUCUUUUUCUGUUUAUUUAUAUUUCUUGUUAUAUAUUUUAUUAUUCGCUCAAGGUAAAACUCUGUUUAUUCCAUAGUAUUCCAUAUAAUUUUAUAUUGUACUAAAGUAUUAACUUUAUGAAUUAUUAUAUCCACAUUGAAUCAGCCUGCAAUUUUGUCCUAAUAAUAGUCAUUAAUUUAUUUUUCUCUGUAACUUUAACUACGUUUUUGAAGAUAUACUGUAUUGUUGAGCUCCUGUUUAAAAAAAAAUUGAAUUACUUCCUUUGUUUCAAUUGAAAAGUAGGAGCAAACUUUUUUUGUCAAUUAACAGAUGCAUUAAUAAUACCAAUAUGAUUAUUGUAAAGGCCAACUGAGACAGUGCUGUACGAUCCAGUCCAACGUGAUUUAUCAUCGGGAGUGGCCUUUAGGUUUUCCUGAGAAUAUUAAACACAUUUAAUAUUCUGCGAUGCUACUAUCCGUAAAACAGACCUAUCGCAUCAGCAUUUAACUCACACAGACCCGUUGUGACAGCCUUUAUGACGGUAUUUCUCCAUACCUUGCUUAAUUUCAUAAUAAUGUCAGUCCUGUAUUAUUUGUAUAUAUUCCUUAAAUUGGCUUGCAGACAAUUCAAUCAUUUAUUAGUACCGGUAUAUAUAAUUUGAUUAUCAGUAUUUAAAUUUUCAAAUAGUCUUGAUAUACAAAAUGUGUACAAUCUUGUCAUACACGAGUUUGAAUAUUAAAAUAUUGUAGACUUAA